AUGUCGCAGGCUGUUCAAACCAUUACUUUUAAGGGGAGCGUUGCGAUGGUCACAGAGUUUCUGGGAUUUGCGAUAUACAGCAUCUUGUACCAACGGGGGGUGUACCCACAGGAGGUCUUUGAGCAAGUCAAGAGGUAUGGCAUCCCAUUGAUGAUCUCAACAGAUAGCGACUUGAAUGCCUACCUUGCGGAGCUGCUGCAGCAAGUAGCCAUGUGGGUGACUGCCGAUAAAGUCCGCAAGUUGGUCAUGAUAGUGGCGGACGGCGCAGAAAGCAAUGUGGUGGUGGAGCGAUGGGCUUUUGACAUCUUGGCGGAGGACACAAAAGGCGUGAUUGCCACGACAAGGACGGAUGCUGAGCUUCAACGUGAAAUUCAGGCGGUGAUGCGGCAAAUCACCGCCUCUGUGGCGUACCUGCCCCUGUUGCCGGAGGGUUGCGUUUUUGACCUUCUUGUGUACACCGAGAUGGACGCGGAGUUGCCGUCCAACACGUGGGAACUGAGUGACCCACGCCUCAUACCAUGCAGCAGUGAGGUCAAGUUGCGCUCAUUUACCACAAAUUUCCAUCGAGUGAACGCGUCUGUAACGUACCGAGAAGACGCGGCCUGA